CUACUACGGGUCAGAGACGAACAGCUGGAUUGAUCAUGUUUUCGUCCCGUCCACGGCGAUGGGUUUUGUGCCAAUGAUCAGGAUGCGCCCCGAUCUGAUGCGCACGCUAUCACCUUUCCCUACAGCUGAGCUUCGCGACCACUGCCCAAUGGAGGUCCACAUCACUUACGAGCUGAGUUACUCGCCGCUGCGGAGCGCCACGGGGAGAGUGGAUCGGGACUCCCUCAUGAGGUGCUUGACUAAGGGCGAGCGGAGGCGUGAUUUCUGCGAGAAGGUCGAGUCCAACCUGAGCGCAGUCGAGGCCGAGUGGAACUUCUCCGACUCCGACCCUACGCCUGAGACCAAGCACCAGCUAUUCACGAAGGCGACCCGCGACGCCACUCUCUCUGUCUUCCCGUCCGCGAGGAGGCUGGGCAUGGAGUACGAGCAUCUGGUGGAAGAAAGGGUUCAGGCUCUGCGGGCUCGGGCUCAAGUGGCACACGAACUAGCAGAGCUGCAGGCUGGCCGCAGCAACGCAGACCACAACCACGACUUCGAGCGCAACGUGAUGGUUGCAGAGGCGCGGCUACGGCGUCUCACAGGCGAGUGCAAGGCACGUCGCAAGGCUCAUCAGGAACAUACUUUCUACGAGCGGAUCGAGGAGCUGAGGGAGGCUUGGAGGAUUCGCGAUUUUCCCAGAGUUUAUGCACUCAGGGGACGGCUCGCUGGCAGAGGGAAAGGCAUUCGCAAACGUACAUACAUUGCUGCCAACUGCACAUUGGGAGCUGAGGAGUGGAAGGAGGGGGUGGCGAAGGAGGGGGUCGCUGGCGGCAUGCGCGCGCUGGCGACCUCCUGGGACCAGCAAUUGACGAAGGCCAAUAUGAGGGGCGAGUACCUGCGCGACAACGGAAUGUGGAGAGACGGUGUACACGACAACUCUCUACAUGAUGAAGUUCGGGAUGAUUUGAAGGCGAUCAAAAAAUACUGCCGUCGGGCGCCGAGGAGGAAAGCAUUCCCCGAGUGGGGCGUCUGCACAGAGAUGCUCGCUAUAUGCCUGGCGCCCAUGGAACGGAUCGACAGCACGGGCAGGGGGCUCGGCUACGUGGACAAUGCGCCCAUACAGAUGACGAAGUUCGAGCAGUGCCUAUGGGACCUGCUAAAGGACACGCGCAUCAAGAAGACCUUCGCUCCAUCAGGCAAGCGCACUCGCGCCAUCGGGCUCGACAAGAACAAAGGGCGGGCCGACCUGAAGGGGCAGCGCGUGAUCCACUUGUAUGACCAUCUCUCGCAGGCGUGGCACAGCGGCCUCCGACGACAGCAACUACCUGGAGACUGGCCUGAGUGGGCGCACGGCAGCUUACCCCAUCGCGGCAGGGAAUCUGCCCUGCUGGCGCUGCAGUCGGCAUGCUGGCGGCUCAGGGAUGCCAACUUCUCGGUUGCGCAGCAAAACUGGGAUGCGGCUGGGGCCUUCAAUGCCAUCUGCUGGGAGCAUUGGCUCACGCACGCAGGUGACAGGCUGCAGGCCGCGGACAGGCCCUUCUUCGCGCAACUCCUCUCCGACCUAUGCGUCACCGUCUCGGCCCCUGAUGGCGAGCUCGAAUUCACCCCGCAGGAGGGAGGCGCCAUGGGCAGCAGCUUGAUCCCGUGGGGCUUCGUGGCCACCUACUCGGUCGCGGUCGGCAACGCCUUUGACGAGCUGAAGGAGCAGGGCGAGAGCUUCAACUGGCUCGAGACGACGAUCCCCGAUAGGGACGGCGAGACCUUCGACAUCGGGGCGGCGGUGUUCGUGGACGACGUGACGCGCAUCGCCCCGAUCCCCAAGCACGCCACUGGGAACGACAUUGUCCGCAGGCUCAACCGCACCACCAGGGCGAUCAACGCGGAGAUUGGCAAGCAGGGCGGAGGACUGAACGAGGACAAGACUGUCAGCACGCUCGAUCUACGGGGCCUUGGUUCGAAUACGGCGACGAGGAACGUGGCAACGUCUCGGCAACUGAAGGGGACGGUGGCCAAGUGCGCCAGGUUGCUUGGACCGAUUGUGGCGGCGGGCCUGUCCGUGCAUGAGGAGAUCAAGGCCAGGGCGAUGGCGGCGAAGCGUGGAUGGUCCAACAUGGGCUCGACUUGGUACCACGAGAUCCAGAAGAGGUGCGCCCGCUUGCAGUUCAUUAGCUACGUAUACGAGACCGCCCUCUCGGCGCUGCACGUGCUCCUCGUCGCGCAGAGCCAGAUCGAUCGGAUCACCACAGUCCUCACAGAGCUCCUGCGGUCGUUGAUGGGAGGGCGCUUUACCAAGUGGAGGGACGACGGCUCAGCGCGCACCAUCACGAACGCCAAGGUGUGGGACUACUGGGAGCUCGCCAAGCCAGAGAUCGAGCUGAGGGUGAGGGGGCUGCGGUUCCAGCGCAUGGCGAAGUACCCCAAGGCCCACGAGCAGGUGUUCGCGGCGGUCUUCGGGCAGCGCAAGUUCGAGGAAGAGAUUGGGAUCUGCAGGCUGGGAGAUGACGGAUGGCCUAUCUCAACCUCUACGCCGUGGUGCCUACAACUGGAGAAAGACUUGAGGGAGAUGGGCAAGGUGAGCGGGGACUGCCGCGACAUGUGGGAGAUGCUGCUGUCGGCUCCUGGAGGGCUGCUGGACCUGUUCUACGAGGGCGACGUGCACGACCAGUUCAUUAGGCUGGAUUUGCGUGCUAUGCGCGCGGCAUCCUUCGCCGUGCAGAUACCCCCACCUGGCCUCGCGAGCGCGGGGGUGGACGGGGCAGAGGCCGCUCAAGACGAGUGGAUCGCGCCCCCGCCCGCUGAAUUUGGUUGCAACGAGACGGAGCGAGGCGAGUACGGCGAAUGUGUAUGGUCGACCACUCUCCCUGGCAUCGCGAGCCGAUCGAGCCCCAUGGCCUCCAAUGUCCCGCCUGCGAGCGCUCCUUUGUCCAUUUGCUCGAGCUCCAAGUACAUACUCGGUCACAUCAUGAGGGCCCCACUGGCCUUUCUCUUGCAGUGGACAGCGAUGAGAGCAGCUGGAAGCACCGCAGGCAGCGCACCGCCCGUCAAGCCGAUCCAGUUCCUGUCAGGAGGGAUUCAGAAGGGCACGGCGACGAGGAGGGAGCGCUCGGCGACCAUGGAGGCAGUGAGCGAGGCGGCCGCCCCAGACUCGAAGACGGCGAAGCAGGUGAGGGAGGACGGCGUCGAGCAGGAGAGGAAGGCACCAGAGGCGGCCAAACCAGAGGGGGCGACGCCCACGGGCAAGGCGAAGGCGGGCGGCAAGAAGACGAAGAAGCUCGCGACAGAUGGUGGCACGAGGCCUGCCGCCGCCAGCUCCAGCGGGGUCUCCGACGGGAUGGUCGUCAGGCUGCAGAAGGGGGUGCUGAACACGAUGCAGGGGCAGCGCGGCCUGGAGGGAGCGGUGUACGACUUCCGCCUGGCGCCAGUGAACAGCGUCACCGUGGAGGCGGCGGGGGCGAGCGGCAAGGAGUACAACGAGGCGGUGGAGUCCAAGGCUUACGCCCCGCAGGAGCUCGGCAGCCCGCACGUCCAGAUCGCGAAGAGCGUGAUCAACAAGCUGGCCGUCGCGGACAUGGGCAACGGGCAGCAGGUCAGGCUGGCGCAGUGUGUGAUGUCCCUCAUGAACACGGCGCUGGAGGAGUCCCCAGCGCUCACGGGCGAGGUCUUCAAGGGAUUUCGACUCAAGCGGGCGAGGUUCAACGAGCAGGUGCAAGCGACGGGUUGCAGCAAGAUGACGACGGCCAUCAACCCGCACGCGCAGCUGCCGCUGGAGAACCCCAAGUGGCUGAGCAAGCACGGCGUGGGGAAGAAGAAGGCGAACGAGGAGGAGAUCAUGGAGAGCGACGCGGAGGGACCGCGGUGCCUCGCCGACAUGCCGCUGAUGCCGAUCUUCGUCAGGGACGUGCGGACAGCGUUCCUCACCAUGCUGGAGGCCGAGGGCGCGGCGCGGUCCGACGGCCAGCCCCCAAGGCCCAGGCUCGAGCGAGAUCUGCAGAAAGAUCUGGGCCAGAUGCUGAAGCUGAGCUGA